AUGCUGAGAACGGACUCCCACUUCUUUGUAGGAGGACUGGAGGAAGAUGUGCUGAGGUUGGCAAGGGUGGAGAGGAGAGAACACCGAGAGGAGGGAGGUGUUUUUGGUGUGGAGCAGGCGUUCCGCGUCCAGCCAGAUGAUGUCACCGCCGUAGCUGGAUCCAAGGCGAUACUGCGCUGUGAAGUGGAGCACGCAUCGGGCCUUGUGCAAUGGGUUCAAAAUGGACUCCUUCUAGGACCAGACAGGAACAUUCCUGGGUUCCCUCGCUACACGAUGACCGGAAACCCACAGAAAGGUGAAUACAACCUUCACAUCGAACGUUGCGAGCUGUCCGAUGACACCGAGUAUCACUGUCAGGUGGGAAGGUCGGAGGUCAGCCACGGGAUGAUAUCACGCAAAGCCCUUCUCACCAUCCUGAUUCCCCCCCAAGUACCAUAUUUUCUGGAGCAUGUAGCGGGCAGCACCGUUACUUGGGUAUUUGGUGUGGAGUAUCCGGUGAGCUGUGGUGCUCUUGAUGCCAAACCAGCUGCUGUCCUGACCAUCACUAAAAAUGGAGUAGAAGUUACGGGAGAAUCGACCACUUCUCCUGGGUCCACCGAGAAGCUGGAGAGCACACAGAUUGCGGUAAAGGUCACCCCACAGAGCUCCGAUAACGGGAGGCUGCUGACAUGCUCUGCCCUCAAUCCGGCUCUCACGACCCCAUUAAUGGCGAGCUUCACCAUGAACGUGCUAUUUCCCCCCAAUACCCCCAUUAUUGAAGGGUACAGUGGUCCUACAGUGAAAGCCGGAGAGACUCUGAAACUUAUAUGCGUCUCACGAAGUGGAAACCCAUUGGCGACAUUGCAAUGGUUAAAGAAUGACGAGGUUGUUUCCACUCGUUGGGAAACAGAUGCUUUGACUCAGUCGUCCCGAAGUCAUCUCACCCUCGUUAUUGCACCCGAAGACAACAUGGCUGUUGUGACAUGCGAGGCAAUGAACCACGUCACGCCACAAGCCCUGGGAACCAGCAUCAUGCUGGAUGUUGUGUUUCCUCCUACUCAAGUCACCGUCCUUGGGUCAUCUUCUGGGAAGGAGAACUCAUCUCUGUCCUUCUCCUGUUUCACGGCACCUAGUAAACCCCCCGUACAGAUCCGCUGGUGGCUGGGCCAUAAGGAGCUAGUGGAAGCUGUGGUCACCUUCACGGAUGGAGCGCAUGGAGGAAAAGUGACCAUGUCCAACAUUACCAUAGUAGCUUUGAGAACCCACGAUGGAAUGGCUUUAACCUGUGAAGCCUUCAAUGAAGCGAUACCAAGCACUGCCUCCAAAAGCAUCAACCUCAACGUACAAUACCCACCCCAGAAGCUCUGGAUAGAUGUGCCUCCGCCAGAGAAACGUUUUCGGGCAGGAACCCCCGUGAAAUUAACUUGUUUCUGCAGCGGAGGGAACCCCAAACCCUACCUCAGCUGGACAAAGGACAAUAAAAGUGUCAAGGAUGCGGUCGUGGCCUCCGCGGGGAAGAUCACCUCUCGAGAGAUUACCGUUGUCACCGUGCCGAGUGACAAUCAAGCCACGUAUAGAUGUGACGCCAGCUACGAUGGGAAAGCAGUCCUGAAGGAAUCAACAAAGCUACACGUUCAGUUUCCGCCAAUCGAUGUGAAAAUAACCAGCAAUGCCAAGGAGUUCAAGCGUGGGAGCACCAUAACACUAAACUGUGUCACCGGCAGCAGCAAUCCGGUUGCCACCAUCUCCUGGGUGAAGGAUGGAAAACAGUUGGUUGGACAGAACCUGGGGAUGAGGCCGUCAUUAUAUAAUGGAAUGUCCAGCUCCAGUCGCAUCACGUUCCCCGCGGUCUCCACAGACCAUGCCAAACGCAUUGCAUGUGAGGCUUACAGCAGCGUCCUGAACGAGGGAGUUAACACCUUUUACAAACUCAACAUCUUGUUUCCUCCUGAAUUCAAAGACGAGCAGCCAAGGUUGGUCCAAGCUGUGGAGCACGGAGGUGCCCUCAUCCCCCUACACAUCAGAGCCAACCCUCCAGUGACUUCCUACAGAUGGAGCCUUGGGCCAGUGAAAUUAACUGGAGAAGGCGCUUACAGACAUCACUUACGAGGGGAAGGAAAUCUUGAGAUUUGGAACGUGAGCCGGACCGACAGCGGCGAUUAUAACAUAACCUGUGAAAACGCAGAGGGGAACAACAGUAUGAUCGUUCGAUUGGAUGUGCAGUAUGCACCAUCCAUUCGCAGUCUUGGUGACCCCACGGAGGUGGACAUAGGAAAAACCGCAGAGAUCGUGUGCACGGCUGAUGCGAAUCCCGUGACAGAUACAAUGUUUCAGUGGAGAUGGCUGGGCGAGGAGGAGAGGGAUCUCUCAGCUUUGGAACGCAAAGUCAGUGGUCUCACUGGCCGUCUAUUAAUUGCAGAAGCCAAGAGAUCCGACGCAGGCCGUUAUGAGUGCAUUGUGGACAAUGGAAUCCCUCCGCCGGCCAAAGCUGAUGCUCGCCUGGUUGUUCGAUUUAAGCCAGAGAUACAGAAGGGGGUGCACCUGAGCAAAGUGGCCGUGUCUGGGGACGGGAAGAACACAGCAGGCCUUGUCUGUAAAGCCGAGGGGAUCCCAAAUGUGGCUUUUAGCUGGGCAAAAAAUGGAGUGUCUUUGGAUCUCAAAAAUCCCAGGUAUUCAGAGAAGACCCUUCACGAGACGUGGAUUCACACCAGCACUUUGGUCAUCGCCAACGUGAGCGCUGUUCACGAUUACGCCCUCUUUACAUGCACGGCGACCAACGCCCUCGGGGUCGACAGCUUCUCCAUUCAGCUCGUCAGCACCAGUCGGCCAGACCCUCCUCAUGGUCUAAAAGUCGUUGGCUUCACACAUAAUUCGGUGACACUUGGGUGGAACGCAGGCUUUAAUGGGGGAGAAAAGCAACAAUUUCGGGUCCGGUACCGAUGGCCAGGAGCUGACAGCUACAUGUAUGUGGAUGUUUUCCCACCCCAGGCGACGGUCUUCACGCUCUCCGGGCUAAAAGGCUUAACUACCUAUAACUUCUCGGUGAACUCGGUCAAUGUAUUGGGGGACAGCGACUAUGCAGACAACGGGGCCGUGAUUAGCGUCACCACACAAGAUGAUCACAAAAUAGUGAUCCCCGCACCCCAACCAUCAGUUGCACCCCCGGAAGCCCAAUCUUCUAUUCCGAUGCUCAUCAUAGCGGCCGUGUGUGUCGGGGCGGCAGCCCUUCUAAUGUCGAACGGCGCGUUUAUCUGCUGCCUGGUAAAGAGACACCGAGCAAAACUACAAGCAGGGGAUGGAGUAAAGAAGGAAGAUAGUGGACCUAAGGCUCUCAAUGAGUACGGUGAUGGGGAAUUGAUCAACACCCACGCCAAGAAGACCCUGCUGAUAGACAGCGCGUCGGAGACGGGUUCCAGCACAUACCAGGAGAGCACCUCGGAGUCUGGACUCUAUUACUACCCAGGUCGGGAUUACUGGCCGACUCUUUCCCCUCACUAUGAGAGCGCCGAGAGGGAGGACCCCGGACCCCAUGGCUGGCCAGAGGGUGACUAUGAGGACUGGGUUGCAUCCAGGAAUGCGCAUGAGUAUGAAGAAGUGGGACCGGAUUACUCCUCCCGGGCCCAAUGGCAGCUCGGAGGCCUUGCCAAUCACAGACAGGAGAACCCAUGGGCAGAAUACCAAGGUCCAAUCAGGAUUUACGACGAACCAGACGAAGCCAUGUCUGCGACGUAUGAGACCCCUUAUGGACAUCAGGGGCAUUUAGUAUGAUAGGUGAUACGGCUUUCCCCAACAACCUCCAAUCAGCGAGCUCUAAAGGCUGACGAGCCAACAAUUAGAAAUGAAAUAAAUGUUUUUAG